CAUCCGAAGGUAGACUUGCCAGGAGAAUGUCUGUGCAAUUACUGCAGGGAAUUCUCAGAAUAUGAACUCCACCUAAGGCUCCAAGCAUUUACGUACAUACAGCGCAAUGCGUGGUAGAUUAUUGGAUUUAGUGAAGGUUUGUCUGAAAUGAUGAGUUCCUUCUUGUCAACAUGACGUCACAGUCAGUGUCUUCGUUCACGGCGCAGCCUCGGGGCCCAUAGCUCAGAGGAGCAAAUAACCUGCUGCGCUUUUUAUAGAAACUUUGGUAAACGUUUUCUUAGCCACAGUGUUCUUUUCUGGGAGAUGCCUUGCAUGGUGCCUAGGACAGAUAUGCGGCAGGUGCAAGAGAGAGUAAGAUGUUACCAAUGUUAUCAUUGAUUUUUCAUCCAGAAAUGACCUAAUUAUGACUGAUAAGGGAUAUUUCUAAUUUGCUUAGCACUAUAUUCAUCACCACAGACGUAACUCCAAUAAAAGCUGCAGGAAGCGCCGUAUUGACUGAGAUUUCGACCAGGACUGUGAUUGGAGAAACAAUGGCUUUGCAGACGACGUGAAAGACGAGGGCAGCACUGAAGGCAAGGGGGAACUGCUGAAGGUGCACUGUACCUACUUCUGGUAACCAGCAUUCUUACAAGUCACUCCGUGAGCAGUUUUAACUGAAGAAAUAUCCACCUGAGACGUAAACGACAGGAGAAAGCACAGAAAGGCUUAACGGUUUCUUAAAAAACACGCAAAAGAAUGGGCCAAAGAAUUGUGAAGCAGGAAAUCAACGAGGCGGUGAAGCUGUACAACGCACAGGAUCACGAGGAGGCGGUCAAGAAAUGGAACCACGUUCUAAGAAAGACCUCGAACUGUCAGCUUAAGUUCCAGACUCUUGGGCAUCUUGCUAACGCUUCCAGUGACUUGGGCAAGUACAGGGACAUGUUGGUAUAUGCUAUACAACAGAUAGACAUAGCAAAUGAGCGUGAAAACACUUACAUGCGUGCCGAGGCAUAUCUGAACUUGGCUAGAGGCAACGAACGUAUUGGCGAAUAUCACAAAGCAGUGUCGUAUGCUCGGCAUAGCCUUCAGAACCAAGCAAAAGAUCCACGAACUCACGGGCAUGUGUACCUUACCAUGAGCAAUGCCUACUUCGGUUUUAGCAACUUCAGCAAGUGUCUAGAAAAUUUGGACAAUGCCCUCAGAGUCGCAAACGAGCACGGCGACAUCGUGCUACGAAUAGAGACAUAUUUCAGCGUAGCGAGGUUCUUCACGACUCUGAAAGAUUAUAACAAAGCUGUGCAAUUUUUGGACAAAUGCAAAGAGCUCUCUGUCAGCAUCGAGGUUCCUGACUUGGUUCAGAAAUAUCUACGCUUAACCUCUGUUCAUCUGUCCAUUCCUUACCGCGAGUUGGGCCAUUACAAUGAGGCAAUGGAAAAAUGCGAGGAUGCCUUGAAGUCAGCUAUGGAGAAGAACGAUAGACCCGUUCAAGCAAAAUGUUUGCACAGCUUUGCAGAAAUUCACAAGAAAUUACAUGACUUUGAGAAAGCGUAUCCCCGUUACGAAGCUGCCCUGAACAUAAUGGUAGAGACCGGGGACCGCUAUGGGCAGAUGGAGGUCCUCAUCGGCAGGGCAGACGCCAUGAUGCUUGGCAAUAAUGUCAAAAAGUCUCUAGAGUUGUACGGAAAAGCAUUAGAGAUGGCUCAAGCUUUAAGGUGCAAGUAUCAGGUUUACCACAUCCAUCGAGUAUUGGAAGGAAUAUACGAACAGCAGGGAGACUUUGACGCCGCCUACCAGGAAAAGUUAUGCUAUACACCGAUGAUAGACGAGCUAGAGGUGAGGUGCGAAGUGUGUGAAAAGAUGAUGGGCAUCGUGCCGGAACCGCUGGAUACACUGUUAUGCAACCACCUUUUUCAUGCAAAGUGUGCGAAUUUCUUGCGGAAACGCGAGGAAUUAGACCCGCGGCGUCCGUCUCAGAUCCUGUGUCCAAGGUGCCGCAUCAACAGCUGUAAGACUGACCAGGCCACACCGUCCUGAAUGUUUGCAGCGGGCUCUUUUAUCUGAUAGCGAAUACCUGGGGAAGACGGUUUAGCAGAUAACGUAGGCAUCGCUACAAGCGGUUCCAGAGGGCAGGCCACGAGGAAUGCUCUUCCUAAAGAACAGUAAAUGCACCGCACUAUAGUCAAUAAUUUACGGUGUCUGAAACUGAAGGGAGGAAUGGCGGGGGCACAUCGCUGCUGAAUGUUUUGAAUCUCUUCCUCGUGACAUAAUGUAUCAAAGUUAAUAAAAUCAACACAUAAAUGGCAAACCUGCUGAGGCAACAAACUUGUUAGGGCAAGUGUAUAUUUUCUAAUGCAACGAAACAUUCUUAUUAUCAGUAAUAUGUUUCAAAUUAAGUCCCUGAUAUAUUUGUUUUUGAUCUUAAUGUGCUAUACUAACACGUGCACCCUACUGUCUUGCAUUGCGCCAAAAUUGUACCAAUGCCAUUUACUUUUAAUUUAUCGUUUUAUUAAUAGUUUAUCCCACCAUUCUCUGUUGUAGCUCAACAUUUACACCUGGAGUGCGUUUUCUUGCCAUGUAGGGUACCCAGGCAUGUUGUAUUUUCUAUCAACAUCUGCGUCUUCUUUCAAUAUUUUAAAAAAAUAUAUUAGCUGAUCUGGCAUCCUUAGUGUGCUAUGGUAGCAAUAUACCCAGUGUAUCUAUGUUUCAUGAAGUUUUUUUUUCUUUUUGUAUUUCAUAAUGUUAUUAAACAUGCUACUGUUCCUUCAUAUGAACAAUGUAUUUAGAAUAUUUAAAGGUAUUUUUAACUUCUAAGGAAAUGUAAUUUUUAUCAGUCUAAUAAGUUUUUUCUAAUAAAUUGCUAAAUACUGACAUA